AUGAUUACUAUGCAACACAAAAAUAGAUUUAGCUACAACCAAGCUGUUAAUUACUCAUCAAUUGAAAUUUCAGGUCUAACAGAAAAUUCGAAGGAUAUUGUUGAUAAUCAUAAUGGACAAUACAUUGUUAUAGGAAAGGAUGUUCAGAAAUCCUUAUUGAGCGAAAAACGAGGUAGUGAAUUGCAUGAAUCAAGCAGAGAAUUAAAUGUUAUUUAUCACAAACAACAAGACAAACGUGAGGAGCUUUGUAUGGGCUUUUUGUACGUGACAAAUUAUCGUUUAAAAUUUGAAGAGAGAAUACCAGAAUGGAUGUCUUCUGAGGACGUCCGAAAAGUUAGAUUUUUCCUUAAAAGAGAACUUCGCAAUCGCCGAGCAUUAUUCGAUUGCCUCAAAUUAUACUCAUUUCCUAACACCAAUAGACAGCCCUUUUUUGCCAAAAAAUAUAAAGAAAAAUUUCAAUUUGAUGGUUGGCUUUUAUUUGAUGCAAAUUCUGAAUUUAUUAGACAGAAAAAAUCAAAUGAUUCUUGGCGCCCUACUCUUAUCAAUAAGGAUUAUGAUUUUGCUGGAACAUAUCCAUCCCUUCUUUUUGUACCUAGCGAAGUUUUCAAAACCAAAUCUCCGGAUGAUUUUCUUCGUUCUGUUAGCAAAUUUAGAAGCAAAAAACGAAUUCCGGUUCUCUCUUGGAUUGAUUACCGCACUUCUGCUGCUCUUGUUCGUUCAUCUCAACCACUUGUUGGAGCAUUGUCUCGCAAAUCUGCCAGUGAUGAAGAUUAUCUGGAUAUGAUUGUCUCUGUAAAUCCAAAUUCCAAAUAUCUUCUUAUUUUGGAUGCAAGACCAAGUAUAAAUGCAAAAGCUAACAGAGCAAAUGGUGGAGGAUAUGAAAACUAUUCAAAUUGUCAACUUAAAUUUAUGGACAUUCAAAAUAUUCAUGUUGUACGUGAAAGUUUAAAAAAGUUAAAGGAUGCCUGUUUUCCACGAAUUAGACAAAAACGAUUUCAACAAACUUUGGAAGAAACAAAAUGGCUAGCACAUUUACAAACAAUUUUGGAUGCUGCUGCAUUGGCUGCUCGAGAAAUUUAUUUGCACAAAAAUUCUGUUCUUGUUCAUUGCAGCGAUGGUUGGGAUCGAACUGCUCAGAUCACUUCACUUACAAUGCUUCAACUUGAUCCCUAUUAUCGAACAAUUGAAGGAUUUUCAGUGCUUAUUGAAAAGGAAUGGUGCAGUUUUGGACACAAAUUUGCUCAUCGGAUUGGACACGGUCAAGAUAAACCGGAUGAUAAAGAACGUUCACCAAUUUUUGUUCAAUUUAUUGACUGUGUUUGGCAACUUUUUAAUCAAUUUACAUCAGCAUUUGAAUUUAAUGUCCGUUUUUUAAAAACUAUUUUGGAUGAACUUUAUUCUUGCCGUUUUGGAACUUUUUUGUAUAAUUGUGAACGUGAACGUAGUGAAUUGCAAGUUAAGGAAAAUACAAUUUCAGUGUGGUCUUUUAUUUUGGAAAAUCGUGAAUCUUAUGUAAAUGAUAAAUAUGACCCUGAGGCAACACUCGGUGACUUUAUUCGUCAAAAAGCAAAAGUUUACCCUCGAUUUUGGACCGAUUAUUAUUGCCGUUAUAGCCAAUUAGUUCCAAAAGAAGACGAGGAUCGUUAUUCUUUGUUUGAUCAUGAUGGAUCAGCUGAUGCAAUGACAAUUUUGAAUGGAGAAAUUACUCGUUUUAAAGUUAUUGAUUCUGGUUCGAGUGAGAGUGAAGGAUUGAAUGAGCAAAAUGAAAGUAUUGAAAUUCCCAAAUUUCGUCUUUCCCCGGCUAUCUCUCCAACUUUUAGUCAACAAUUUUCUUAUAUGCCACAUGAAAGAGGUGUUCAGUCUAAUAGAUGGAGUCCGGCCAGAAUAUUGCAACAACAUGUUUGUUUUUUAAUUUAUUUUAAUGGAGUAGUAUAG